UUGACUUAACUACUGUAACCGUUUAAGUGCCUCCUUACAAGACCACCGCCGUGACGCCUAAUAUCGUAAUUAGUAGUGCCAAGUUCCUAAUUGUUUCAAAAGUGCCUUAGAGAGAAGAAAGGAUUACCUACAGUAUUACCCAACUUCUUACCAACUACGAAUUAAAUAUAGGUGCUCAACGAACUAAUCUCAGUUAAGGAGAUCAAUUCGCCUAUCAUCAAGUGCCUACUGCUUUUCGUCAAGCAAAAAUCCUUUGCUGGAUUAUUGACGUGAUUUUACAUGGUUGUGAAAAUGAAUGCCUUGAAUGGGCAAGAUCACUGCUUGAAAACCAUGCCCCCAAAAGAACCAGUUAAACUCAAAUUCGGAAUCGACAGUAUCUUAGCAUCAAAUCCUACAAGUUUAGAAGAAAAUUGCAAAAAUUCUAUAGCAAAGCCUACGCCAACCAUAGCCGUUCCCUGUUCUGAUUGCGUCACUUCGCUUUUCCGAUGCUGUUCCCUCAAUUCUGGACAAACUUUACUUGAAAAACAUGCCGACUAUCCAAAUCAUAAUCACAAUUAUGCUACAACGAAUAGUAUCUACACCGUACAGCCAAUAAGACCGUUUGCAACUCGACCAGCCAUACGGAUACCUUCCUUGCAAACAUCCCGUAAUUCUACCACAUCAUUGAACCUCAGUGCAACAGCUAACUGUUCUUCGGGAACAGGAAAAAGGAAAAGAUCGUGGUCCCGUGCGGUUUUCAGUAAUCUACAGAGGAAAGGACUAGAACGCCGUUUUCAACUUCAAAAAUACAUUACCAAACCUGAUCGACGCCAAUUGGCUGCUACGUUAGGUCUAACCGAUGCGCAAGUAAAAGUCUGGUUUCAGAACCGAAGAAUGAAAUGGAGACAUUCCAAGGAAGCUGGGAAAAUGGGAGAAUGUACUGCCGAUACCAAUAAUGACGGAGAAUUGUAUAUUGAUGUCGAUACGGUUUCCGAAAGUGAUUAAAUUGUGUUAUAGAUUGAAUCAUUUAAAAUUAUACAAACUAAUGGAUGAGUGGAUCGAAAUGAAAUCAUUAUAGUAUUUACCAGUCACUCAAAUGAUCAG